AUGGUGCUACUUACCACGUCGGACAAUGAACAUUUCACUGUGGAUCGCGAUAUUGCAGAGCGAUCUGUACUGAUUAAGCAAAUGAUCGAAGAUAUUGGAGAGACGGACCAGCCCAUUCCGCUGCCCAAUGUCAGCUCCAGUGUGCUGACCAAGGUGCUUGAAUACUGCAGCCACCACCGCAAUGACCCUCCUGCACAAGCCGAUGAGACGGACGAGAUGCGGCGCCGUGCCACUGACAUUUCGGAAUGGGAUGCCAAGUUCAUCCAGGUGGACCAGGAAAUGCUCUUUGAGAUUAUCUUGGCUGCCAAUUACCUGGACAUUAAGAGCCUCCUCGAUGUCGGCUGCAAGACUGUCGCGAAUAUGAUCAAGGGUAAGCAGCCGGAAGAAAUCCGCAAGCUUUUCAAUAUCCACAACGACUUUACGCCCGAAGAAGAGGCACAGAUCCGCCGUGAGAAUGAAUGGGCCGAGGACCGUUAA